AUGGGGUGUACAGGCAGCGAGCUGAACAGCCUCGUGAGCGGCUUGACCAAGUACCUCGAGGCAUACGAGUUUACCAAAGGCUUUGUGAUUGGACAGGACACGAAGACAGACGACGAGGGAGACGCCGCCUCAUUCGCCUCCGAGGUCGACAUGAUGUUUUCCUCUUCCAACUACCCCAAGACCGCAUUCAUUGAUACCGACGAGAAACGAGACAAGGUGGACGCCAUGAGGCUCACCCUGCAGAAGAUGGCUCAGGGAGCCGAGCCCGACGUUGCGUUAGCUCAGCUUCUCGGCUACUUCGAAUGUGACAGAGAAAUGGCCGGACAUGGAAGUCUAGAUUUACUUGACCAUCGGUGGACUCCCGACAAGGGCAACUACGCUCAAUGGUUGUUGAUGAGCAUUAUGAAGUCGAGCAACAUCGAGCCAGACCUCGUGGUGACCGUCGUGAUCCGUACCUGGGCUCCAGGUCAGCUCCCUAGCUUAGAAAUCAUCGGCACGGUGUUGGGGAUAGGAGGGUCUCUGGGGGAGGAGGCGGGUCUGAACGUGACCUGGCCGGGCGAGACACGCGACGAGGUCGACCGAGACUUCAGCCAGGAUGAGCGGGACGCGACUUGCCUUCGAAAACACUUAAGGGGCAACGUCGAUGCGCGGCAGGCGGCCUUGGACUAUCUCGAUACGUUCAAUGUGGACGCGGAAACCAAAGCGAUCAGUGACGACAUCAACAAGCUUGAUGAGCUUUAUCGCAGAAUGAAGCCCGAGGCAGAGAAACUGAUGGCCGAGAUGGAGGAAGAGAGUAAGACCAUCGCCCUGCAAAUGGAGAGACAGAAGAAGCACUACGCCGAGCUUCUUGAGAUUAUACGGUUGGCCGAUAUGAUACUGGGUUGA